AUGACUGUCGAUGACCCUGGCCCUCCGAAAGGCAACGCGGAGGGCGGCGAAUACGGGAAUACUCUCCAGGCCGCCUCAUUGAUAGGCCAUCAAGAGAUUGUCAAACUGCUCUUAGAUAAAGGAGCAGACGUCAACGCGCAGGGCGGCCGCUACGGCAAUGCUCUCCAGGCCGCCUCGUUUGAAAGCCAUCACGACAUUGUCAAACUGCUCUUGGAUAAAGGAGCGGACGUCAACGCGGAGGGCGACUACUACGGCAAUGCUCUCCAGGCCGCCUCGUCGGAAGGCCGUCAAAAGAUUGUCAAACUGCUCUUGGAUAAAGGAGCGGACGUCCACGCGCAGGGCGGCGAAUUUAGCAACGCUCUUUAG